UUCGUGCCCGGGCUCCUCCCUGACCGUCCGUGUCCUGUGUUUCAGGCCCAAGGUCCUGGCUAUGGCCGCGGCUACCAUCGUGCACGACACGUCUGAGGCCGUGGAGCUCUGCCCCGCGUACGGCUUGUACCUCAAGCCCAUCACCAAGAUGACCAUCAGCGUGGCGCUGCCGCAGCUGAAGCAGCCAGGCAAGUCCAUCUCCAACUGGGAGGUGAUGGAGCGGCUGAAGGGCAUGGUGCACAACCACCAGUUCUCCACGCUGCGCAUCUCCAAGAGCACCAUGGACUUCAUCCGCUUCGAGGGCGAGGUGGAGAACAAGAGCCUGGUGAAGUCGUUCCUGGCCUGCCUGGACGGCAAAACCAUCAAGCUCAGCGGCUUCUCCGACAUCCUCAAGGUGCGCGCCGCCGAGUUCAAGAUAGACUUCCCCACGCGCCACGACUGGGACUCCUUCUUCCGCGACGCCAAGGACAUGAACGAGACGCUGCCCGGAGAGAGGCCGGACACCAUCCACCUGGAGGGGCUGCCCUGCAAGUGGUUCGCCCUGAAGGAGUCGGGCUCGGAGAAGCCCAGCGAGGACGUCCUCGUGAAGGUGUUCGAGAAGUUCGGGGAGAUACGGAACGUGGACAUCCCCAUGCUCGACCCCUACCGGGAGGAGAUGACCGGCCGGAACUUCCACACGUUCAGUUUCGGGGGACACCUGAACUUCGAGGCGUACGUGCAGUAUCGCGAGUACGCGGGCUUCAUCCAGGCCAUGAGCGCCCUGCGCGGCAUGAAGCUCAUGUACAAGGGCGAGGACGGCAAGGCCGUGGCUUGCAACAUCAAGGUGUCUUUUGACUCGACCAAACAUCUGAGCGACGCCUCCAUUAAAAAACGGCAGCUCGAGAGGCAGAAGCUUCAGGAACUGGAGCAGCAGAGAGAGGAACAAAAGCGCAGAGAGAAGGAGGCCGAGGAGAGGCAGCGGGCAGAGGAAAGGAAGCAGAAGGAGCUGGAGGAGCUGGAGCGCGAGCGCAAGCGGGAGGAGAAGCUGCGCAGGCGCGAGCAGAAGCAGCGGGACCGCGAGCUGCGCCGCAGUCAGAAGAGGCUGGAGAAGCUGCAGGCGGAGGAGCAGAGGCAGCUGCAGGAGAAGAUCCGGCUGGAGGAGCGCAAGCUGCUGCUGGCGCAGCGGAACCUGCAGUCCAUCCGGCUCGUCGCCGAGCUGCUUGCCAGGGCCAAGGCGGUGAGGCUGCGCGAGCAGGAGCGGAAGGAGGAGCGGCGGCGGCUGCAGGAGGCGGAGCUGCGGCGCGUGGAGGAGGAGAAGGAGCGCGCGCUGGGCCUGCAGCGGAAGGAGCAGGAGCUGCGCGAGCGCCUCUUGAGCCUCCUGCUCAGCAAGCGUCCGGACGGCGGCCCCGCGCACGGCGAGCUGGGCGCCGCGCACGCAGACCUGCUGCAGCCGGUGCUGGACAUCCUGCAGACCGUGUCCUCGGGCUGCGCCGGCGCCGCCGCGCUGCAGUCCCUCGUCGGCCAGCCCACCGCGGGCGCCCCCAAGGACACCCCGGCCCUCCCGGAGGCUGAGCGCCCGCCCCAGAACGUGAACGGGAGCGUGGCCAAGGACGCCCCGUGCAAGGAGGGUCUGGGCGCGCGCUGCGGCGCCGCGGGGGACGGCUCUCCCGAGAAGAGGUGUCCGGGGGUCCUCGCCUGCAUCCCGGACAACAACCAGCAGCCCAAGGGCGUCCCCGCCUGCGACCAGGGCCCGCCCAGGAAGGACGCGCGGUCGGAGCAGGACAAGUGCAACCGCGAGCCCAGCGCGGGUCGGGGCCAGGCGGGCGCAGACGGGGACGAGCCGCAGCUGGAGCGCAGCGGGGCCCGGCGGGCGGGCAGCGGGGACGACGCGCGCCCUCGGAAGGAGCGGAGGCCGCACAAGAAGCGCGACAGGGACGACAGCCCGCACCGGCGCAGCUCCAGCCCGGACCACGCGCACUCGCGCAGGUCGCGCAGCAAAGACAGGCGGCACCGGAGCCGGGGCCGCAGGGCCAGCGCGGGCAGGAAGCACAGCCGCCACCGCCGCAGGGCCGAGCGCUCGCGCUCCCGGUCCCCGAGCAGGCACCGCAGCACCUGGAAUAGGUAAUGAAGGGCCGGCACCCUCGGCCCGCCGCGGAACGCCCGGUCGGCACCAGCGUCCUGGCCUCCGCGCCCCUCCGUCCG